AUGGAGAGCUACCAGCAAUUGCCGCCUACGACACGGCAUGAUGGUCUAGCCUAUCGUUCAAAUGACGACCAGUCCGCGCAUUCAAAUCAUCACCAGCACGCCAUGAUUGUCGCUCGGUCACGGCAACCCUCGUUCCCAGUCAAGGCAGCCGACGAAUCAGGCGAGACAUUAUCAAGAGACAACUGCGACAGGAGAAGACCAGAGGAGAAUGGGGAUUCAUCUCGAUUGCCAAAUGUUUCGCAGCAGUUCAUGGGUCAGACAGUGACCCCUUUCCUCAGAGAACACAUACCUGGACUGUACGCACCUAUAGGAAAACCCGAUCUCCCUUCUAUGAUCAGCCUCAAGAACAAGGAUCCGAAUAGCAAGUUCUGCUAUAGGCACCGACCGGACUCUAAGUGUCGCAGGGCGGCCGACGAGUCCAAGAUGGCCCUGAUUCAAAGUGAACUUGAGAGCCUUCCCUGCGGCGACCGACAAGCCAUCACUAACGUCUGGUCCUUGUUCUCCGCUGCCCCUACCAAACACCGAGAGCUCAUGCUGCAAGGCAUCAUUACACAGUGCUGCUUCCCGCAGCUGUCGAUAGUAUCGCGAGAAGUACACGAGCAACUCAAAAUCGACUUUUUGUCAACCUUACCGACCGAGCUGUCCUUGAAGAUACUAUGUUACCUCGACUGCUCCUCCCUUUGCAAGGCUGCACAGGUAUCGCGCAGAUGGAAUACCCUGUCGGGGGACGACGUUGUUUGGCAUCGGAUGUGUGAACAGCACAUUGGGCGAAAGUGCGAGAAGUGCCAUUGGGGCCUCCCGAGACUGGAGAAGAAGCGUUUGAAGGAAUGGAAGAUUCAGCAUCAAGCGGACCUCCAGAACAGCCGCAGGGCUAUGGUCCCAUCAUUAGCCACAUCGGUCAACGGCCAUGGUUCUUUGGCCUCCAGCGCAGCCAAGCGCGGGGCAGAGACCUUGGACGAUCACGCACGCCCGAAGCGCCAGUGCAUCCAGAGCGCGGCAACCUCAAGUCAGCCACCAACAACCAGUCAACAAGAGCUGGAAAAGAAGUUCCGGCCAUGGAAGGAUGUGUACCGCGACAGAUUCAAGGUUGGAUCAAACUGGAAGUACGGCCGAGCUACCAUGAAGACAUUUGCGGGACAGCACACGAAUGGAGUGACGUGUCUGCAGUUUGACGAUAACAUCCUCGCUACAGGCUCGUACGACUCCACUAUCAAGCUAUGGGAUAUUGAGACGAGUGAAGUCAUACGCACCCUCCAUGGUCACACAAUGGGCAUCCGUGCCCUUCAAUUCGAUGAUCGGAUGCUCGUGAGCGGUAGCUUGGACAGCACGGUCAAGAUCUGGAACUGGAGAACCGGCGCUUGCAUCAACACCUUGAAUCACCAAGGUGGUGUCAUUACUGUCCACAUGGACGGUGACCUUCUCGCCUCUGGGUCGAUGGAUAGAUCGAUCAAGAUCUUCAACUUCAAGACCCAGCAAACCUACUCUCUACGGGGUCAUCAGGAUUGGGUGAACCAUGUUCGCCUAGACGUGUCUUCGCGGACCCUUCUGUCCGCCUCGGAUGACUGCACAGUCAAGCUUUGGGAUCUCGACUCCCAGACAUGCAUUAAGACAUAUGAGGGGCAUGUGGGACAGGUCCAGCAGGUGCUGCCGCUGCCAGAUGAUUACGAGUUUGAGGACGAGAACACACGCGACGCCGAUGCAGUCUCUGUGGCUAGUAACCGCAGCGGCACACCAGGCCUUUGCGCAUCCUCGUCCCUGCCGACGCCACAACCUGAUGAAGAGCGAGCAGCAUAUGGCCCAGCCUUCCAGCUGGACUCCGAGCGCCCACUCCCUCCCCGGUAUAUGUUGACUGGCUCUCUGGACGCUACGAUGCGCCUAUGGGACACAGCCACUGGCAAGACCCCUCGUUGUUUCUUCGGUCACGUCGAGGGUCUCUGGGCGAUUGCUGUGGACAGUCUACGAUUUGUGUCCGGGUCUAACGAUGCAACUGUGAAGAUCUGGGAACCGCGAACCGGCCGAUGCGAGCGAACUUUCACGGGCCACGCUGGACCAGUAACGGCGGUUGGGCUCAGUGAUUCGAGGGUAGCGUCAGGUGGUGAGGAUGGAGAAGUGAGAUUAUACAGCUUCGAGGCGAACCCAUCCGAGUGCGAACAGUACGGCACACCGUCUUGA